AAAAAUUCAAUCUAACAACUCUGAGAAGAUGGAUUUCUAGAAUUUCUUCAUCAAGGUAAUUCUUGAUUUAUGAAAUGAGUAUUAUUGGUGUAUGCUUAAAAACACUAUUCAAUUUAUAUAUUGAGCUAUUUCUAGGAUAAGAGUUUUUUUUACAAUUGUUAGUACUUAUUAUUUUUUUAUCACCCUAUGUUCGGCCCAGCUCGAUUAAUUCCACCGGAUGCCGUGCUAUCUCCCAUUAGUAACAGAUAUUUAUUAUCAGGUGUCAAAUAACUCUAUACUAAAUUGUUAGCUUAAAUGGAUUAUUUUGGGACUUGUAUGCAUAUAUAACGGUAGAGCCCAUAGUCACAUUUGUAGAUUAUGUGUUGUUGAACACUUUUAGAGAACUUAAAAGGAGUAAUUUUAAGCUAAAGUUUUUGGGGUAAGUUAAAGGAUUGCUUGCUAAAUGAGAAUUUUUAGUAAGGCUCACGCCACCUAUGUGUUUGAUGAAAUUCCUAAGAGAAGACUUUUAUUGACUAAUAGCAUGUUUGGCCAAGCUUUUGGAGCUUGGAAGGUCACAAGUUCUUAUGUUAAAAAAGUGAGGUUUUCUGGCUAAGCUUUUGACAGAAAAUAACUUGCUUCUAGGGAGUAGCAGAAACUGUUUUUUUGCAAGCUAAAAAUUGUAGCUUUUAAAAACACUUUCGAGGAAAAUAUGGAUAAGAAGCACUUUCAAGAAGUUUGACCAAACACUAGUUGUUGUGCAAAAGUGUUUUUAAAAUUUAUUGGCCAAACUUCUCACUAAAAGUACUUUUUUUCGAAAAAACACUUUUCAAAAUAAGCUGAUUUUAAAAGUUUGGCCAAACGGACUAUAGGUACUUGUGGGAGCAAGCGAGUGGUUAGUUUACCAUGUUUUUUACUCAAUACAAAUUUAGAAUAAGAAAAUAACGUAAAUACAUGUAGUAUGUGUUGCCUUAUUUGACUAGUGUGUUACUUGGCUUUGUUUAUGCUCACGAGUAACGCCAACUGUUAUGUGACAUUAUUUGCAUUAUUUAUGCCCAGUUCAUGUUCAGUUACUAGUGUGAUCACAUUCAGACUCAGAUUUGAUAGCUCUUGCAUGAGUGCCAUGAAGGCCAGGGUUAGCUAUCCCACGCUUGUAGGGACUUGAUUGAAUCUUCCUGCUUGUGUUCCUUUUCUUGUGAUGUGCUUCCUGAUUAUCAUAUUUUCCAUAAGUUGGACAGUUACUUUACAAACACCGAGGAUAAAAAACAUAAGUUGACAGUAAAGUCUAGCAAAUAGCUGCUGCGGACCUUUCUCCAAUCGAUACCUGACUAUUUCUCAAGUGUUCUCAGGUGCUUAGAGUGAUGGGCUGUGGCAAUUUGUGGCUAGGUCUUAAAUAUAAGCGUUGUUCAGGGUUGCUCGGUGAGGAAGUUCAUUAAUUUAUAUGUUGACUCUAUUCUGGUGGGUAUAUGUUGUUUCUUCUCCUGGCAUUACAGAAAGAAACUGUUUUAGCUUAUUUGUUAAACAUAGAGGGUUGAAAAUGUUUCUGGGUUACAGUUGUGAAACUAGAUCGUCACUCUUAGUUCUUGUCCUUUGACAUACUGAAGUCCAGACGCUGGCAAAUGCAAAUUAUCAGCAGAAAAAGAAUCACUUCAACAUGAAAAGAAAUUGGAUGUCUUACAUUGAUUAUGUGUUCAUAAACUGAGGUAGCCAGAUUGUCUACUGGCAAAAGUAGUGACUCCCUGAUUGGGAGGCUGAUCGCAGCAGUGGCGGUAUGCAAUGUUGUAGGAGAAAGAGGAUCUAGGCAAGUCUAUAAUCUUGCAAAACAAGGGACCGAUAGUCUCUAUUUUUACCUGUUAGAUUUUGUAUCUUGAGAGGUUGGAACUAGGUGCUAUUAGCUUUGUCACUGAAAGGUAUUAUUGACAGUUAACUCUCUAGGAUGAUGAAAAGAGGUAAAUGAGUUAUGACAGCAAUAGAUGCCAUUGUAGUUUAUUCCUAAUGUUAAGGAAUUCGAGCGUUGAAAGGAUGAGGGAUCUAUAUUCUGUACAGCUCUAUUGGUCUAUCUGGAUCUAUUUUCCAUGAUUGUUGAGUCCUUCUCUAGAUCCUUUAUUUCAAAUGCGGAAAUUGUAGCUUACAAGGAAAUAAGUCUAGUAUUUUAAGAUGGCCACUUAAGACAUAGAACAUUUACUUUCGCAGGUCCAUCUGAAAGGCAAAUGAUUCUGAUGUCAGCCAUUACUCAGUCCCAAUCUGAUUUCGGAUGACUAUGUUGCUUGGUGCUUCAUUUUUCUGUACCGUGCUUGCGUUUCUUCUGUGCAUUUUCCACUGAUGAUUGUUGUCUGUUCAUGCAGACCGUAAGUGAAGGGAAAUUCUUUAGGCACUAGCGCCUGUUAACUCUAAUUUGUCUCAUGUCAUUUCCAUUGUAACAUAGAGGAAUGGGUUUGGUAAUCAUGCUUCUUUCAGUUGCUAAGAGUGUUACUUACUGGCUCACUGCUUAAGUUCUCUCUCUCGCUCUGUGAUGAAUGGGCUUCUUUUCUAGCAGUGGCUUCUGUAUGGUAAGAUUAAGGAGCCAGGGUGCACAGUUUAGAACAUCAAGUCAGACGGCAUAUCCCCUAGUUAACCCUCAGCCUCUUGACCAUCCUAACUGCAUCCCUCUCUGCUGAUCCCGUUGGUUCUCUCUCUCUUCCUUUUUAACCCUAUACAAGGGGUUAGCGCACAAUGGCUUUCUCUGGUAGAGGGCGGUGGCUAGGAGCGAUAGGGCAUAUUGAAGGAUGUAAAAUUCAAGUCCUGCAGCUCAAUUAGAGGACUGACCCCAAACUGCAGAAGAAUAAAGAUUUCUAUUUGUAAAGAUUUCUCUUGAUAUAGGGAGCCAUGAUUUCAAGCAGCAACUUGUUUCAUAAAACUCACUAUGAGAUCCUAGGUGUGAAGGAAGAUGCAAAUUUCGAAGAAGUCCGUAAAGCCUAUCGUUCAGCCAUACUUUGUUUUCAUCCAGACAAGCAGCAAAAUGCAUCAGAAACCUCCAAUUCUGAGUGUGUGACUGACAACAAAUUUUUGGAGAUACAGAGAGCCUGGGAAACUGUUGGCAACCCGAGGUCACGUGCACUUUAUGACGCUGAAUUGCUCACUUUGAGACAGGAUACAGCAACUGCCGAAGAUGUCAGCUUAGAGGACCUUACAGUUCAAGAUUCUGGUGAUAUUAUAGAGCUUUCUUACCCUUGUAGAUGUGGUGACUGCUACUUUAUCGAUUCUUUUGAGUUGGCAGACACGGGUUGUUCAAUAUCAAGAGAUGGGGAUACAAUAUCUUUGCUAACGUCUAAAUCGUUGCCAACAUCUGUUGUGCUUCCUUGUGGAUCUUGCUCACUUAAAGUCCGUUUACUGAUCAAUAGUGAUACUAGGCUUCAUAGAGAUGUUCACUUGCAAUUGUAACUGUUUUAGGUAACGUUAUUCUCUAUGAUAUUUUUGCUAAAUUGUUGGAAAUUGAAAUGAUGAGAAAAAGAAGAAAGAAAUUUUGUGGGUC